AUGAUUGAACCCUUCUCAUCGAGCCCGCCGCAUCACGGCCCCGGGCCGGCCUCUCGACCCAGCGUCGCUGCACGCCUUUGUAAUACCACCGUUGUCCCAAGAUAUCUCUUCAGAGUCCACUCGGAUACGACGGCGGGGAGCACGACGCUGGAUGCGGUUCUGGCCCCCGCCUGCCUACACCCUAACAAGCAGCGCGGGAGCGGGGAUUUGUUCGACAUGGAUCGCAAGGAGGCGGCGGGGUUGCUCAACAAGCAUCUAUGUAUGGUCUAUAUAAGCAUAGCGGCAGCCGAUCCCCAAGCGCCCUCGCCGACAUCCACAUCCUGGUACUUGAUACCAGCGCGUACCCCGGGAACCUUUCUCAAAGAUAUGGACCUCAUCGAAUACUUUCACCUUGAUGACGAGAGCGGCGAACGAGAUUUGUCGCGGAUGCGAAGGAUGCGACGCGGCAGGGGCGGCUACUAUUUUGGCGAGUAUAUAUCGCAGGGUGCCCUAGACAUUAGGGCUACGUGCACGCAGACCACGAUCCAAGCCAUGAUAGACGUCGGCCUAUUCAAGUUCUUCCCGGAGCUAGGAGACAGGCUGCGGUGGAAGAAGUGGGCCGAUGGCGUCGACGUCCGGAGAGCUAUAGUCAUCGCGAGCGCCUGUUUCGGAGACGAGUUUGCCAUGCCUAUAGCGGCGAUGCUGCUCGCACUCAAGAGGCCCCGGCCAGAUGACCCUGCUAUCCUGCAAGGGUUCGAGGCCAUGUUUACCAAUCCAGACCGCUUGCCCGAGGUACGGCGUUUCGGAGACAUUAUACGCGAAAUUUCCGAGUCCGCAGCGCGCGAACUUGAUCGAGAAGAGCUGAUCGUGGAGGAGGUCGAAACGUUUUCUCUCGCCUGCCUCAGCCGGGCGGUCCUCGCCGCCUCCCUUGGCCUCUCGCUUCUCUACGCUGUCGACAGCCUCUCCGCGCCCAGCUACUAUCGCAUGGCCACCAAAGCCGGCUCCACCACCUUGCUGUCCCUGUAUUCCCUACUCCGCGCUUUCUGCUGGCGCACAUGCUCUACAUCCCCUCUUCACCGGCAAGGGCCGCGGCUUCGCCGGCCUGCAGUCGGAGCCGUGGAAGCUCGAGCGUCCGCCAUGCUCGCGGCUCUCUCCUCCAUCAUGGUCAAGUUCCUCGUGCCCCGCGUCGAGGUGGACCUGCGCCUCCCUAUCCUAGUCUACUCCACCACCAUCGCCGCCAUGGUGAUUUCCUCCCUCACCAUGAUCAACGGACGCGUCAUCGCGGGCGCUGUCUCCUUCACCAUCUCGGACUCCAUCCUGGCCACCGAGAAGUUUCUGCUCUCCGGGCUCGCCGCAUAG